UGACCAUUGCUAGUCAGUUCUUAUUUUUUUUCUGUUAGAACUAAGAACUACAGUUCUGUUGAGUCUCCAGCCCUCUUCUAAAUCAUGCAUUUUUAACACCAACACAUAAAUGCUCUAUGUAUUGAACAAAAAUUAAAAUAGAGAAACUCACUCAAAGACUAACCAUAAAUGUAUUGAUUCAUCAUGUCUUGUAUGCAAGAAUAUUGUUUAUCUUCCCAGUAGAGACAACCCUGGACUUGUGAGAAGCUUUAACAAAAUAAUUUAUUUUUAAGAAAUUAAGUAAAUACAGGGAAGAAGAGAAAAUUAAAUAAAGAGGUUAUUUAUACAUUAAUACUAAGAGUAUUCAUCCCAGUGGCUGAGUUUAUGACGUCAAAGACUUUGGUAUAAGCCAACCAACUUAAUCACUCUAAAACCAUUCAUGUUUCUUGUCCACGUGACUUUUGUGCAAGGAUAUAUCAAGCAGAUUAGCUGGGAUUAUACCAUCUGUUGUAGCCGUUCACUCACUUUUAUGAGUUUUGCCACAGGGAAGCUAUCCUGGGAAUUAACAAGGUAAGUACAAAGCAUGUCUUGUUCCAUUCAAACAAAUAUAAUAUAUAGCAGGAAUGUGAAUGCUGUAAAGUAUUAGCAGUGGUAUAUAGUAAGGGCUAGUGAUUAUAUGAGGCAUUUCCAUCUUAAUCUUUUUUUUAAUGCUUGUAACCAGUAAGCUAUUUCUGAAUAAUUAACUGUUUACUUUUGGAAUAAGUUGCAUUUCUUAUAGUCUCUGAAGCAAAGAUUGAAGUUUUUGAGGUGAUUGGUGUUGAAGUGCAUAACUAUAUAGAACAAGAGACACUUCUCAACUUUAUUAACUCAUGCUUGACAGAAUCUAGAUACCUGGAUUUGAACCAUAUACUUGGGAAAUUAUUUUGAUUUACCAUUUUCCAGGUAUGGUGUUAAGUGCUACAGACAUAAAAAGGAGCAAACAGGACUCCUGCCACCCUGGAGUUGGAGCAGAGAAGCCUAAUGACUGUGCAGAUAAAUAGAGUCAGUUACAAUUGUGCACUGGCCACAUUACCUUUCCUACUUGGCUGUGUGGGACUCAGCUAAGUCACCACACAGGAGAGCACUGAGGCCAUCUGAGGCCUGAGCCUGGUCCUCAGGACUACACUUUCCCACUGCCACCGGCAGCCUGCCUCAGCCAUCCCUACUCUCCUCUGACAGAAUGAGUGCCCUUGAUGGUGUCCCUUUCAAGGUGCCCAAGGGCUUUCUGACCGGCACAGAGCUUCUCCCUGGGCCAGAACUCAGUGUCCCAGCCUGCAGGGAGCUUCUGCUGGGUUCUAUGCACGACUUCAGCCUGGAGAGGAGGACGCUCUUCUGGGUGGAGGCUGUCACCCGGGGCCCCCGCCAGUUCCAGUGCGAUGCUCCCGGGACAGCGUCAGCCCCUCCAGCCUGGCUCUUGCUGGUCAGCCCGGAAUGCGGGCUGGCGUCCGCGCCGGCUGCAGCCGCUGGCCCCGAGGCUGGGCCCCAAGAGCAGCCCGAGGAAGAGGAGGAAGAGGAGGAGGAGGAGGAAGCCACCCCUGGCAAUGAGGAAAAGCCGGGUCCUCGCAGCCCCCAGCCCAGCGCUCCUGCGAGCCCCAGCCCGGGCCGUCACCGGUGCUCGCUGCAUGUGCUGCGAGGCGUGAGGUCCGAGCUGGCCGGUGUGCGGCGCAGGCUCUCCGAGGGCAGGACGGCCGCCCGUCCACGCGCCUUUCUGCAGCGCAUCCGCCACCGGGCGUGGAGCCUCUGUCCCAGCCCCGAGCCGCCCGAGAGCCCCGCGCUUGCGCCCCCGGGCCCCUGUGUGCCCGCCCCGCCCCCGCGGCCCUCCACGGCAGGUGCCGUGCCCCCGCUGCGGAGCCACAAGCCCACAGUCGCGUCCCUCAGCCCAUACACCUGCCUGCCAUCUCUUGCGCGGGAGCCCCAGCCUCUCACCGCUCACAGAGCACAGCCUGAUUCUGCUGACCUGCUGUCCGCCCUUAGCCAAGAGGAGCAAGACCUCAUCGGGCCAGUGGUCGCCCUGGGGUAUCCCCUGCAUAGGGCCAUCAUGGCUCUGCAGAAGAUGGGGCGUCAGAGCCUGAGCCAGUUUCUCAGCUACCUUAGUGCCUGUGACCGGCUGCGGCGGCAGGGCUACGAGGAGGGCCUGGUGGAGGAGGCCAUGGAGAUGUUCCAGUUCUCUGAGAGCCAGGCAGGGGAGUUUCUGCGCCUCUGGGAACAGUUCAGCGACAUGGGCUUCCAGCAGGACCGGAUCAAGGAGGUGCUGCUGGUCCAUGGCAACCGCCGCGAGCAAGCCCUGGAGGAGCUGGUGGCCUGUGCCCAGUGACCACCGGGGCACUCUGCAAUGCCCAGCAUCCCAGACCUGUGCUAAACCUGGCCAUCCAAGUCUACAAAGCAAUGCAUGCUUGUUGUAAAAAUGCAACAAUGCCAAGGGUGGGAGCAAAUGCUAUAGGGGAGGCAAAACUUCACCCAUCUUGGGUUUUCAGCUGAACCAAUUAAUUAGAGAAAAACAGUUUAUUAAUAUAUGCAGCACACAUUAUCUGGGAGAACCCUCAGUGAAAAGUGGCUGAAAGAAGGGGUUUAGAACUCUGGCUUGUGUAGCAUCAACAAAGAACACAUUUGUAUAGGGAUAACAAGAAAUCAGUUUUAGGCUUCCAAAAAUGACAAACUAGGAAGGUAAAUAAUGGGAGGGAACUAAUGGAGUACGGCUCACUUGCGGUAUCUCCGGAAGGAUAAGAAUCAAUCUCAAGAAAAGGAGAAUUUAUAUCCUGCCUUUAGACAGAAAAGAGAGAGGAGAAGACAAGCUCUUCCUGCAUUUGCUGCUUCUUAAUUGCCUUCAGCUCGAAAUAACAUUUUUAUGUCAAAGAAACAUAUUUUGGGUGACAUUCUGGCUUCCUUCAAUACCCAAAGAAUCAGCUAUGAGUUGAAAGUGGGGAGGGGGAGAUGGCAGGGUGUGGACAAGGAGCUAUGUUUUUUCACACAAACCUUGUAAAACUACCUUUAUUUGACCCUUUAAAUUGUGUGCUUUGAUUUAAAAAAAAUUAAAACAAAGAAAAUGAUGUGCAAUUCUUUUGGGUCUUAUAGGCUCCUGGUCUUUUUGUGGAAAUAACAUCUAACUGUGGGUCCAAAGAUCUGAUUUCUGAUUUUGGUUCAGCUGGUGACUGGCUCAAAGCUUUUUUGGGCCUCAGUUUCCCCAGGAAAAGAAGAGAGAUUGGACCUGGCUGCUAUUCAUAAGAAUCCCCUGGGGAGUUGGUUAAAGAGUUCCAGGCCCCACUCUUGGAGAAUCUGACUCAGAAGGUCUAACUCGGUAGCCCCUAGGGAUCUGUUUUCUUUUUAUAAGAAGCUCUCCGGGAUUGUUUUUUUAAAAUCUUUGUUUUUAAUCUGCUGUUUGUUGUUGUUGAUUCUCUUCACCCAUUCUCCCACCUCCCAUCCCCUGGGCCCACCUCUGGCAACUGCUAUUCUGUUCUCUGUAUCUAUAAGCUUAGUUUUUUAUUUUUAGAUUUCACAUAUGAAACCAUAUGGUAUUUGUCUUUCUCGGUCUGACUUAUUUAUUUAGCACAAUAUCCUUGAGGUCUACCCAUGUUGU